AAGUGAAAUGUCACUGUAAAGAUUAUUGGUUGACCUCGUAAAUAGGAUUAUCAUGAUUUGGUCAUUCGUUAACGGAAGCGAUUAGGAAACCUGUGUGUUAUAUAAAAAUAAUGUGGAAGAAUAAAAACAUAACUGAAUCAGUUGUGAUAUAUGAUACUUAAGUACCCUGAAGUAAGAAUGCAGCAAGGCCAGAAGACAGUUUUAUAACACUUGGAACAUUCCAUAACGUGACCUUGUGAAGUCAUACAAAGAUCGAAUAAAAUGGAAAGUAAAUGUGAUGAGCAUCAUCUGUACAGAAGGGAAUUUUAUGUAUUAUGGUGUGCUGGAAUAAAAGAAGAGCCCCCAGUGGAAAGUGUUAUAGUAUGUUCGACAACAGUUGAUGAGGGAAGUACCACGAUUAUAAGAAUAUUCCACUCUCUGGAAGGAGAUGCCCUCAGGGCAGAUGAAAAAUUUCUGGAGUGGAUUACCAACGAUCCUUAUGUAUCAGAGAGUUCCACACUUGAAUUAGAAGUAAUAGCUAACGAAUCUCCUCCUUUCUCUUUUUCAAAUGCCUUUUGUGAUCUUAUUGCAUCAUUCAAAGAGGCAGAAAAAACGGUAGAAGUUCAACUUAAGAUUGUUCGUUUGACAAACAUUGAAGAAUGGGAGGAAGAGUACGAGGAUAAUAGAGAUGGUCUGAGAUACCUCCACAGUACGGGGAUACUGUUAUCACCUGUCAGUGGGAAAGACUGGGGUUACCUUAGACAGAUAUUACGUGAGAAUAAGGGAAACCUUUAUCAAGAAAACAAUUAUCUCAAAGUCAGAAAGAGGUUGUCAAAAAUAAUUAAAAACCCAAAAGACGUUUCUACAUGGCCUGAAGUUAAAUCUACUAUUGAGACUGAAACGAGUACAAUUGAUUCAGAGACGAUCGAUGUUGAAACAAUGACAGAUAUACCUGAAAAAGGUCCGGAGCAGGAGAGCAGUAGUGAAUCUAGUUCUGAUGAUGAAUAGCAGAUUGGUAUAACAUAAAAUCAUAUACAUGAGAACGCGAGGAUUAUAAUGCUUGAUUUGCGACAGUUGAAUGAGGUUAUUUUGUUACUGUAUGGUACAAUGGUAGAAAGCCUCCAAAACUAUGCUGACCAUUUUGUUUUUGUUUCUUGUUAAUGAAACAGUUGUAUUCCCUAUAUAUGAAAGUUAAUAAAAGGAAAAGACGAACAUUCCUAAUAAAAAGGUAAAAGUUGA